AUGAUGGCUCAGCAGAUUCUGAAGCUGCCCUUAUCACGUUAUUCAUCCGCUACUUUUAGCUCAACAUGUACCCUCUUGUUUUCGUCCAAACAAGCCCUUUCUCCUCAUGGCUCUGUAAUAUGGCCUGUCGCCCAGACGAAGUUUUGUCUACGAUGCUUUGCGGCGGUGAAAGCAGCAAAGGCUCAACCCCAGAAAAUGAAGAAGAGAUUGGAUGAAUUGUGUCUUGAAAGAUUUCAAGAAUAUAGUCGGACAUAUAUACAGUCCUGGAUUCUUCAAGGCAAAGUUUUUGUUGAUGGCAAAGUAGUGUACAAAGCUGGAACUCGUAUCCCUGACAAAGCUUUAGUAGAGAUCAAAGCUGAAGUUCCUAAAUAUGUAUGUAGAGCUGGACACAAGUUAGAGGCUGCCAUUGAAGAGUUUGGGGUUGAUGUAGUUGGAAGGGUUGCUCUAGAUUCAGGAUUGUCUACUGGAGGGUUUACAGAUUGCUUACUACAGUAUGGUGCUUCAUUUGUUUACGGAGUUGAUGUCGGUUAUGGACAGGUAGCAGAGAAAAUUCGCCGGGAUGAACGCGUUAGUAUCAUAGAACGAACUAACUUGAGAUAUUUAACGGAACUCCCGCAGAAGGUUGAUAUAGUAACUCUGGACCUAUCCUUUAUUUCCAUACUCCUGGUGAUGCCUGCUGUGGUCAAUUUAAUGAAGGAAGAAGCUACUUUGUUGACUCUCAUCAAACCUCAAUUUGAAGCUCGCAGAUCUCAAGUUGGGGGUGGUGGAAUUGUGAGGGAUCCUGCCGUUCAUCAAGAGGUUCUUGACAGGAUUAUAAAUGGUGUGGAGAAAUUUGGAUUCACUUGCAAGGGUUGGAUUGAGUCUCCACUGAAAGGCGCUGAAGGGAAUAAAGAAUUCCUGGCAUGCUUUUGCAGAACAGCUCUGAACAAAUCUGAAUCCACCGAAGCGGAUAAUCAACCAAGCAAUUUUCCUACGAAUUGA